AGGUCUUUAAUUCAACCAGAAAAGCCAUCCUUUAAAACCCAUGCCUUUUCAGACUACUUCACUAAAUACACAAAACUAGUUGAACUGUUUCUCUGUGUUGGCGGCAAUUUGGGCAUUAGUAACCUUCCAGUCUUCCAAAUCUCAAUAGUCGUCUUUCGUUCGGUUUACCACAUACACGAUACCCAUGAAUCCAUACAACCCUCCUUGUUGCAGGUCCAGAUGUUGAAAGUGGGGAAGGACAGUGUACCUGAUAGCAGCUCAGACAACCAUAUCCGCCGCAGAUUCAGUCAGUUUGGAGAGCUAAAUGAUGCCCUUAGGCCAGGAUUGCCCCGUGCCUCACAGUCACAAGAGAGACGAGGCUUACCGUUUGGCACCAGGAAACGUGUCAGUCGACUUAUUAGCGACCGCGAUAAGAAGGAACUCGCAGAGGAGAGAAGGCUGCUCGGGGACUACUCCAACGACCCAGCUAGUGUUAGAAUAGCCAUUCCUGGGACAUCGAGUUCCAACAAACUAAAGUCUACUUUAACAGUGAAAUCUUUCUCGUCGUUUAAGCCUACCAACACUCUCAGUGUGCGCCCAAAUAGAACCACGUCUCGCCCACAAAGUAUUGAUAGUCGCAGCCCGUAUUUUAACCCCAAGCCCAAACCAGAUGUUUCAUCCGACAACGAAGACGGCGCUCGCCCUCGAAAGAAACAAAAGACGGAGAUGUCAAACGUCGUCGAAUCAGACAACGAGAAAAUCGCACAUUCAAGCUCGUCGUUGACUAUUCCUUCUACGUUAAACCCGCGCUCCCCCGUUGGAAGUUGCGUACGUUCUAAACAAAGAGCGAUUCAGGCGACACUUGAAUACUGGCAGACCGAAAUGGCCGUACAGCCUCCUACCGCUUCAGCUGAAGUUGGGAAGAAACGGGAGGAUCGUUUAGGCGAUUGCUAUAAACAUUUCGAUGCAGAGGAAUUUGUCAAGGGUGCGAGAAUGGAGCGUAUCAGCCGCGCAUCGGUUCAAAAUCCAAGGACGGAGCUGCUGCCUAAAUCAAGUGUGAGGACGCGGUCAGCAAUGAGAGCUGUAGAAAUCCCAAAACAGACCGCGGUCUACGGCCAAGGAGCUGGAGAUAGCAUUGAUCAGGCAAAUGAUGAGACCCGCAAUUUGGAUCUAAGGGAAAGUUCUGAUGAACUCCAGGGUGAAAAAACGGUUAGGGAUACGUGGAGAAGAAAGGCUACGGUUUCACCGAGCAACAUCCGUCCAACCUAUUUUUGGGCAACGCCUAAAAGUCGCAGGCGAGAAGAUCUUAAAAGGAGGAGUGGGCAUGAAAAGGCCUUUUGUAUCAACUCAUUCCGUUGCGGGGCAGAUGUGGUUGACGGACCCUUACAGGGUGUGAUUGAUAAAGAUGAAGUCAGACUACUUUUGAAGACAACCCCAACCUCCGCUCCUUUCAAAUCGUACGACAUCAAGAAAGCAAUAUCAGUUUACCAUGAUUUUCAAGAUGACAUUACAAAGUUGCGCCUCAAGCUCUCAAGGGCCGGGGAUGCAGACAAUGUCGUGGACAUGACAUUUCUGAGCGGCAAAGACUGUCGUUCCUUCUGUGAUCUCAUUCAAAAACUAGUGCCUGAUAUCAAAGAGCAUGUCAAAACAAGUGAAUGGAUGAACAAGGUGUUCAGUCGCACAACUCCUACUAAGAGGGUUGGUGGGCCAAGCUUCGUUCUCAAUAGCCAAAGUCCAAUAGAGGCGUUGCCAGAAAGCAAAGAUGCAGAUUUGCAACCAUCAAAUCCCAAACGUACGAAAUUGAGUGAUGGCCUUUUAAAUGGGAAUGUAAAUGAGAUUACAGCGCCAACAAAAAAGAAACUGUCUGAGGAUGCUUCGAUCCGGAAAACACAGACUUCCCGUGUGCUACCGGCUGAUAGCCUUAGCCACUCUCAUCCUCAAGCGAACAAAGGUAUACCAAUUCCUGUUAAAACGUACAAACCACCCACUGUAUAUGCAACACGCUCGAAGACGCGGCAAGAGCAUUUAGAUAUUGAAAGUGAUAACGAUAAUCUCUCAGACUCGUCUCUGGAUCGAGGCAAAGCAAAGAAGUGGACCAAGCCGCUUGUGUAUCCUAAAGUGGGCAAAAAGAGGGCAGAAGUUGAAGCUCACGAUUUAGCGCGAUUGAGAGUUGGUGAAUUUCUAAACGACAAUCUCAUAGAGAUAUACAUUCGCUUCCUAGAGCAUCAUCUAGAGCGGCAACGCCCAGAAAUCCUGAAACGGACGUAUUUCUUUAACUCUUUUUUCUUUGCAAGCCUAACGAACACUCCCCGAGGGAAAAAAGGAAUAAAUUAUCAGGGAGUGGAAAAAUGGACGCGAUCCGCAGAUAUAUUCAGCCGAGAUUUUGUUGUCGUUCCGAUAAACGAAAGCGCUCACUGGUAUAUGGCGAUUAUUUGCAACUUGCCGACAUUAUUUACGCCGAGCCCCGAUAUUCAAGGUGAUGCUGGGGAAACCAUGACUACCGGGAAAGCGAAUGCGGAGGGCCAGCAGUCUACUUUCAACCCCGGUUUAAAUGAAGACCGUGAAGUCACUAACAAUAUCCCAGGCAGUGGCGGAUUUGAAAUUGGUAAGGAUGAGAAUCUUGCAUCGUCUCUUCGCACAAUGGCCUUAUCAGACAAAUCUGUAGACUCGUCUUCCCAGGCUAGCGCUCCAGAAUCCCCUAAGGGAGUCGAGUACACCGACAAAGACGAAUGGCCAGAAGAGGAUGAAAACCAAGUGUCCAUCUCAAGUAAGCACCAAGCGGGUAUUGCUCCUGUACCACCACCAAACGAGGAUGGAAAUCCCGGCGGGACAAUGAACAAGUCGAAAAACAAAAAGAAGCGCGGCCAUAAAUCUCGACCUUCAUUGCCGAAGCAUGAGCCGAAGCAGCCUAUUAUUAUCACUUUUGACUCGCUAGGAUGUUCACGAUCUCCCACCAUACGAGCGCUUCGGGAGUACCUCGAAGAAGAAGCGAAAUCAAAGCGAUUCACCGAUAUUGAUGGCAAGAAAAUCAAAGGCAUGACAGCGCAACAGAUACCGCUGCAGCCUAACUUUUCUGAUUGCGGUCUUUACCUUCUUGCAUAUCUUGAGAAAUUCGUGCAAGAUCCCGACACUUUCGUAAGAAAGUUGCUUCAAAGAGAAAUGGAUUCGAAGGAUGACUGGCCGAAUUUGAGAUCCGGAGUGCUGCGUCGUCGUCUACGUAGCUUUUUACAUCAGCUUUAUGAUGAGGAGAGGAGUGAGAAACGGGAUGGCCCACUACUCGUCGACUAUAAACCUUUGAAUAUCUUGUUAGUGGACGCAGAUUCUGAUAGACCGGACAAAAAACUACAGGAUGUGGGAUCAAGUACAACACCAUCACCGCUGAGAGCAGCCGAAGUCUCCCCCAAGCUACCAGCGGAAGGACCUUUGAAUCCAUCCAUUACGGAUAGUGACAAGGUGAAAGCAUCGAACAAUCAGUCACGACUGUCAACUCCAACGCAAAGAUCUGUAUCAAGUGAGGAAAAAGCAGACAAAAGCAAAACAAGUGCCCUGCUUUUCUCUGCAGUCCAAGAGCGGGCCGAUUCCCCCGAUUCUCUCCUCGAUGAGCUUGAAGAGUUGGUUUCCAAACCACCCGAACCCAAAACUCGACAGUACAAAGACGUGGUUGAAAUUCCUGGAACUCCCCCUCCUGAAGAAGAAAACACAGAAACUGAUAGAGCAAGCAAUGAGCGUAUAUUAGGCAGACAUUUGCUAUCGAGUCCAUUAACACGUUCGAAGAUUGUUAGAGAAUGACCGACAAAGCUUAAAGCAAUGUCCCUUUUUUUUUUCUUUCUCUCUUGUUUCGAUGUCUAGGCUGGGUGCGGCUGUGUUUUAUUUCGCCCCAUGUGAGUGGUAUACUCCGUACGUAUUGUGGAAUUGUUCUGGGCAUCUUAAGAUAGACUCGAGUUUGACAUGCAUGGUGGAUUUCUAUUUGCAUUCGCGGAGCAUGCUGUUUUCAUAUUGAGAUGUAAAGUGGGAUUGUGACUUGAAUCUUUUUUUUUAGCACCUGCAGUCUGUCAGUUACAUAGGCCGCAUUUAUAUUUACCUCAUAGCCUAUUAUUAUGAAUUUAAUUUGCG